AUGUCUCAAUCUAUCACUGGCACAUCGCCUUCAGGCGUAACACGGACCGAACAUUUAGCAACCUGGUCUGCCAAGCUACAGUUCCAAGAUAUUCCUCAAGAUGUCGUCCAAAAAACCAAAGAUUUUUUCUUAGAUUGGUUGGGCUGUGCUAUUGCCGGUCGACAUCACCCCGCUGUCGCCGCCAUGGCUCAAUUCGCAAAGCAGAUGGGGCCUUCGAACGGAAAAAGUGAGAUGAUCGACGGAUCAUUGAACUUCUCAACAAGUCCAGCAUUCGCCAGUUUAGUCAACGGUGCAUCUUCCCAUGUCGUUGAGCAAGAUGACCUACAUAAUCGAAGUAUUAUGCAUCCCGCUACUGUCAUCUAUCCUGCAGCCCUAGCCGUUGCUCAAGAAGUGGGAGCCACAGGUGAAGAAUUUAUCGCAGCCUGUGUUGUUGGUUAUGAAGUUGGCUGUCGGGUCGGGGAGUACCUAGGCAAAAGCCACUAUGAGCGUUUUCAUUCAACAGCAACAGGAGGUGUCAUUGGAGUUGCAGCCGCCAUCGCUCAUAUCUUAAAGCUCGACGCAACAAAGACAUUAUCCGCAAUUGGAACAGCCGGCACACAAGCAGCAGGUCUAUGGCAGUUCCUACUCGAUGCCACUCAUUCAAAACAAGUACAUACAGGUAAAGCUUGUUUCGAUGGUAUUUUUGCCGCCUACACAGCUCGUGACGGCCUUCUUGGCCCUCGAGAUAUCCUCGAAGGACCACGAGCAAUGGGGAUUGCACUAGUGCCGGGUGACACAAAGCCCGAGGCAAUUGACCAAAACCUCGGCUCGGACUGGGCUAUUGUCAGUUCUAGUUUCAAGUGGCAUGCCUCAUGUCGGCAUACUCAUCCCAGUGUGGAUGCACUUCUCAGCCUUAUGAAGAAGAAUGAUGUUCAUUUCGAUGAUGUCGACUCUAUUGUUACGCGUACUUACCAGGCUGCUCUCAAUGUACUUGGUUUAAGUGGUGAUGGUGAGACGGUGCAUCAGAGCAAGUUCUCGAUGGGCUUUGUUCUUGCUAUUGCUGCUAAGAAGGGUCAGGCUAUGAUUACCGAUUUUACGGAGGAUGACUUGAAAGAUUCGUCAUUGCGAGAGUUCCAGAAACGUGUGUCUAUGGAGCUGGAUGAGGAAAUUGAUAGCAAGUUUCCCGAGAAGUGGCAGGGAACUGUGAUUGUUACAUGCAAAUCUGGGAAGAUGUUUACAGAGUCGGUUGAAUUUGCAAAGGGAGAUCCCGAGCUUCCAUUGACCAAGGGUGAAAUUGAGAGAAAAGCCCGGGCCCUUGCUACGUAUGGUGGUUUCACGGAUACCACGCGAGUUAACCAGUUGAUUGAAAGAUCUUGGAAUCUGGAGCGCGAAGCAAACCUUAAUGGGUUUACUUUUUGA